UCCGCCGUUCGGACGUCUGUUGCGGAGUGCUCGAUGUUCGUUAGUUUUGAAACCGAAAUAACACAUUAAUACAAAUAUUUCAACAAGUUAAAGUGCUUAUGAAUACCUGCAAAAAACCGUGGUAAAAAUUAAAAGUUAAAUUUAAAAACAAACUCGAGUAAUUACUACGAAAGAAAAUGGCGGCUCAGCAAACAAUAAAGAGCAGUCGCGACAGCAACAACAACUGAGCAAGAAAUUCAGCUUAAAAGAAACCAACGAAGGAAAAAACCGUCAACAUUUUCGUCUGCCUGAAAUUAAUCUGGUUUUUAUGUUUUACUCGCGCGUCGCAGACAUAAAAUAAAGACAACAACAAACAGUGAGUUUUGGUGUAUGUGUGCGUUUUAUGCCGUUUGUUUGUCUCCUGUUUUUGUGGAAAAGGCCAUAAAAAACGUGAAAUUCAUUAAGCUACAAAAGCAACAAUUACGAGCGUUUUACAUUGUUUACAUUUUGUGUGCCAGCUUUUCGUUACGCUUGUGAUUUAUGCGAUUUGUUGACAGAAAGGCGAAGGGGCGGCGAUACCUCAGACAUAGCCUGGAAAAACUAAUUUCUACUAAUUAAGAGUCGGCGAAGAUACGGCCCCGGCGGCCAGUAGAGGCCCAUAAUAAUCAUGCAUCGUUCGCUGAAGCCGCAUGCAUCUACCGCACAGGCUAAGAAGGUGCAACCGCCCACGAUACCAGGGGAUUCGCCGCAGGACUCGCACCAUUAUCAGCAGCCGCAGCAGCACCACCACCAUCACCACCCGCACCACCAGCCGCUGAUACCGCUCUACCGGCUGAGCGGACCGCUGCGCCAUCACCAGAACCACCAGGCGGACGAUGGGAUCAGCAUGAGCGGCAGCAGCAUCGUUUCGUCGCCCUCGCUGGAGGAGGGUGGCUUCAAUUUGCCCCGGGAGACGAGUGUGGCCCUGCGUCUCAAGGAUGAAGUGGGUGGCCCGGCGGUAGCCCCUUCAACUGGCGGAGGAGGAGGAGGUGCGCCGGUGGUAGGGGCACCGCCUCCAGGAGCUGGAAAGCCAGGAGUUGCCAUGGUCCCGCCACCACCCGUUUUCUGUGCCACUCUGCGCGAACCGCUGACCCACAAGGCGGCCGUCUACUACCACCAGCAGCUGGCUUUGCAGGAGGAUCAGGGCAUCGAUCUGACCCAAUCGCCUGGCCGAGAUUCCCCGGGCUCCUCCUCGGGGUCCGCCGGCUCGGGAUCUCGUCACAGCACCGCCAGCUUGGACUCGGGACGGGCUUCCUCCUACCUGACGGGGGUGUCCUCGUCGGGCGCCUCCAUUCGGGCACCGCUCUCCUCGCCGCGCUGCAGUUCCGUGAGUUCCUGCUCAAUUGGCAGCGUGGAUCGGCAGCGGAACGAUGAGCUCAUCAUCGACUGGCUGCUGGAGAUGAAGCACGAGGAGUACGCCCAGCUGUUCAUCGCCGCGGGCUACGAUCUGCCCACUAUUGCACGCAUGACGCCGGAGGAUCUCACCGCCAUUGGCAUCAAGAAUCCGCAUCAUCGAGAGCGGAUCAAGCAGCGGAUCGACAAGCUGCAGGUGCUCGACAAUUUGCCACAUUUUGUGCCGGGAUCAAUAGAGGAAUGGCUGCAGCUGUUGCGUCUGGAGGAGUAUAUUCAGCCGUUACUGGAGCAGAACUACAAGACGGUGCGCGACGUAACCCAAGUGACUUGGGAGGAUCUCGAGGACAUUGGCAUUGUCAAGUUGGGCCACCAGAAGAAAAUACUGCUGGCCAUCAAGCGGGUGAAGGACAUCAUUAGCGGAAAGUGGAAUCCAGGCGGCGCCAAUGCCUACCAACAGCAGGAGUAUCCUCGGAAGCCCUGGCAAUUCAUUGUGCCCAUACCCAGUACGCCAUCCUAUGUGCCAACCACUCGCGUCUCAUGGGACGACACGAAAAUCUACGCCACCAGCAGCGUGCUGAAUGCCACUGCCCCACCCGGGAGCAGCUGCCUCAACAGCAGCCUCACCAAUGGAGACGCCUACUACUGCACCGGCAGCAACCACGAGUGUUGCUCGGGCAACGAUGUGGUGCUCAUUAAGGUGCGUCAGCCGCGUGGCAAGAGCCUGGAAUCGUUGGAGGACAUCCACGACAACAGCACGCGCAGCCAUCUGACCUUCAGCCAUUACACGACCACGGACUACGGCCACUUUGGGCCGCCCACAACGGCGGCUGCUGCGGCGGCGAUGGCCGCGGCUGCAACACUCCAGCAACAGCAGCAUCACCACCAGCAGCUGCUCCACCAGCAACAGCAGCAAGCUGCUGCCGCCCGUCUUCUGGGCAGCAAUCCGCCGGGCAUUGGAUGGCGGCGGUCCUACGACGAUGGCGACAUCACACCCACCAACGAUGCCACAAGGGAGCUGCUCUACGAGCAGGAGGGCGGCGGCACGCUUCCACGCCAGCAGCGAGGCAUCCUGCAGCGAGCGGUGCUAAACACGAUGCCGCCGCUGGAGCACCACCACUACAUGAAUGCUGCAGCGGCGGCGGAGUACGGAGCGGCCAGCGGAGUGGAGGGAGGAGCGAAUUAUUUGAGCGGCAGUCCAUUGACGGGAAAAAAGAUAGCUCCCGAGCCACCUAGACGCCACUGCAGCAUACGCAACUCCCGCACGCUGAGCGGAGAGGGAGUGCCGUCGGGGUCGGUUGCGCAGGCGCAUCAACAGGCAGCCCAACAGCAGCAACAGGCGCAGCAUAUGUUCUACGGCCACACGGCGCAGCACUGGCAGCAGCAGCAGGCGGGAGCGGGUAGUGGUCAGCAGCCCAUCUACGCUAACUAUGCCACCAUUCAGCAGACGACGGCGGAGAUACACUGCGAGAAAUAUCACGACAAUAAGUCGACUUCCAGCAUCGAUUCCAUUGAUACGAUACCGUUUGCCAACGAGAACACAGGGACGAUCAAGCAGCGGCUGCUCAACCGUCAGGAACUGCAGGGCGGUGGAGCCGGCGGCAACAAUGCUCCUGGCGGCGGCCAUCCCGCCCACCUGCACUCAUCCAGCUCGAGCUCCAGCUCCUCCUCCACGAACACCAUUGCAAACAUAGCGCACUCUUUCCAUUCGCUGAAAUCUUCCAGUUCGCUGCACGAUGCCACCCUGGCGCGGAGCGAAAGCAUGGGCAGCACGGCCAGCGGUGGAAGUGCCUUGCACCUGCGGUCACCUACUUUGGAUAUGUCUAAUCCUGGAGGAUCAGCGGUGGAGCCAAUAAGUUCGCCGGAGUCAACUGUUCCAGCUGUGGCCAUAAACACAGGAGUUCCACCAAAAGUUUCGGUGAACGUUCUUAACGACAUUGGCAAUAUGCUGGCCAAUCUCACGGACGAAUUGGACGCUAUGCUGGAGGAAGAGAAGCGAGUGGGCCUCAAUAUAGACAGUGAAUAAAUCUCCAAUCAAACAACAAAUCGUAGUGUAGCUGAAUUUUCCGGUAGAACGUGUGGUGUAUCUUGUAAUGUUUUGUGUACUUUAACUUAGUUAAGUUCAACUUGUUUUUGUAUUUUUUAUUCGAAAUGCAUAGGAGGAAGCAUUCGUGUUUAGUUGUAUUCUUUAUCGUUUCGAUUUACACAUUGUGUAGUAAAAAGUAAACUAAAACUGAAAAGCUUUCGACGAACCAUGUAUACUUUUGUACUUUUCCUAAAACUCUCUCGUCCCAUUCCCAAAAAAAAGGUGUUAACGAUACAAAAUGAAAAUAUCCAAGUAAACGAAGAAUGGUAAAGGAAGCGCAACAUGCAUAUAUGCAAAACUUGCAUAGUUAUUAUAUAGCAUAAAAUAUAUAUAAUUCUAUAAAUAAAUAAAUAUUUAAACGAAAUCAUUAAUAUGGACAAGUAUUUAGUGGUUUGAUACUAUACGACAGGAAAGCAAGAAACGAACCAUACGGCACACUCUUAAACACACACAAUACAGAUCAAGACAAGAACUACUAUUUAGAGAUCCCCUUCAGACAAUUUAAAAUUGCAUUUAUAAAUAUUAGUUCUUUAUUUCUUUUUAAAGUUUUUUUGAAUCAGCCUGCACAGACAUUUUUCUGUUUAUUACGAUUACAACUGAAAUCAAACUAUGUGAAAUGAAUGUAUAAUUAAGUGUUAUUCCAUACAAAGUAAAAAGAUGAAUUAUAUAAAAUAUAAAUCUUAUUAGCGUUACAUUAAGAAAGCAAGAUUAGAAAGUGGAGAGCAAAUCCAUCUUUAUAAAUUAUGUUUAAUCGGGCAUUGAUGCUGAAUAACGUUUAGAAUUCCUUGGUAUACACUUCAAUUGCCUUCUUCUUUAUAAUUUACGUAAAUAAAAAUCAUUUAGUAAAAAUUUUGAUUUUGAGAGCAUUUUUCGUUUCCUGUUAAUUGCGCUCAGUUAAAAAUUUGUUUGGUGCGCAUAUCAUUAGAGGAAAUUUGAGUAUUCGAUUUAUAAAGGAAACGUAAAAUAAAUAAAUACAAAUAAAAUCACAAACAUGUAAAGCACAUAAAGGGCAAAACAAAAAUUAU